AUGCUCCCAGUUGAUGUGGUUGCCGAGGUGACAACACCUAUUGAUCAGCACGACGAUAGGAAGAAAGUGGCGAAUUUAUCCUCAUUUCCUCUUGAACCCGAAACCACCACGAUCUUGAAAAAAAGACUCAACUCUUCACUUCAAGAUUAUAUAAUCUUUCUAGGAGACAUCCUGGUGGAGGUUAUCAAUAUCUCCGAAAAGUUCCCUAAGGGGAAAAAACGGGAAGUGAGGAUGAAACUAAUUCCAAAGAUCUUGACACAUCAAGAACCAACGCACAGGAACAGAGUUUCCAGGAUACGCAAGAUCCUGGAAACAAUUAGUCCUUCCGACGGAUAA